GUUCUGCACGUUGCUGUAACGGGGCACAGAGAAGACUUUCUUAUUUUCACAAUUUUAUUGAUGUUUCCUGGUUUUUUUUUUUUAAUCGGAAGAUAAGAGGUCGACUGACAUUAUCAUCUUACCUAUCUUUUAACGAGGAUUUGGAAACAUUAGGCUGCGUAUAUAUUCUCUGCCGGUUGACCUGAAAUAAGUUAAAAAGUAGGCCUAUUUAUACAUUACUUGUAAUUAAAGACACGAAUAAGUAUAUGUGAGAAAAAAAGAAAGCGUGCGUAAAGAGAUCAAGGGGAAGGAGUGGGAGAAAAGGUGUGCAUAGCCUAUGUGUGUUUUAAAGAAAGAAGGUAUGAAUUCCUAUUUUACGAACCCGUCGCUCUCGUGCCAUUUAAACGGCGGUCAAGAGGUUCUGCCCAAUGUUACACUCAGCUCGACAAACUAUGACCCGGUGCGACACUUCUCGCCAUAUGGCGCUGCCGUGGCCCCAAACCGGAUAUACUCCAAUCCAUUCUAUUCAACACAAGAAAACGUUAUGUUCGGGUCCGGCCGAGGACCGUACGAGUAUGGAUCAAAUGUGUUCUACCAGGACAAGGAUGUGCUUCCAAGUUGCAGACAAAGCCUUGGGCAAACACAGGGUUCAAUGACCCAGGAUUACGCUUCAGACCAAGGCAAGACUCUGUCUCAGGAACCCAAAGGAAGUAUUCAAAUAUAUCCGUGGAUGCAGCGGAUGAACUCGCACAGUGGAGUUGGCUAUGGCUCUGACAGACGGCGAGGUCGCCAAAUCUAUUCGCGAUACCAAACUUUAGAACUAGAGAAGGAAUUCCAUUACAAUCGUUAUUUGACAAGACGCAGACGAAUAGAGAUUGCCAAUGCAUUGUGUCUGUCGGAACGUCAGAUUAAAAUUUGGUUUCAGAACCGCCGCAUGAAGUGGAAGAAGGAGAGCAAUCUCACAUCCACCCUGAAUGACUGUGGCUCUGUAGGAGCUGGCCAGGACACGGACAAAGAAGAAGAAGGGGAAACCGGAAGAAAAAAAGAACAUAACUGACAGCAUUAACACCUUGGGGCAGCAUUCAAUCUGAAAUAAUGUUGCACUACAUGACAGCUAGGCUACCUAUCGAACUUUCAUAAUUUGCACAGUUUAUUAACACCAAAAACUGUUAUCUUUCAAGUAGAUGCGAUGCGUGCCUAUUCCCAAAACUGUGGAAACUUUUAUUUUCCAGAAAUGACAUACUUACAUACAUACUGUUAAAAACAGACAGCUACAACAUAUUUUCCUUAAGUGUAUUUUUGAUUUGCUCUUGGGAUAUUCUAAAAAUCAUAUUAUUUAUUCGAAUAUCUUGGAUACUGAGAAGAACAUACAAGAGGCUGUGGAUGCAUUUGACCAAAUAAGUGACGGGAAAUUUCAAAUAUUGCGCUACAAUAAUUUAUUGUAUAUUAUCAUUAACUGUUAAACAGAUACAUUGAGUGCAUUGUAAAUGUUUGUAAAUAUAUUACAUCCAAAUACUUUUGACUAACAUUUGUGUAGCUUUGUGGGGGGGGGGGGAUACUGUUUUAUGCAUUUAUUUUCUUUGUGCUACAUUCUGUAGAAACCACACGGUGUGAAAAACGUAUUCUCAGAUCAUUUUUCAAACUUUAGAAUAUUAGCUAACAAACGUAAUGGACGCAGUGUUUGAAAACAACGCAAAUAAUUCGUCAAUAAAGUUGUGAUGCAUAUAACAACAUUACUUCAUUUCCUGUU